GGGUGGUGCAGAGUGUAAGGAACAUGGUAUUUAACAUUGAGGACAAAGAGAAGGAGGCACAGUAAAAAUGGCUCUUUACCAGUUUCUAUGUGGUCUUACUGUGAUGAUCAUUCUCUCAUCCAAAGGAUGUCAAUCACAGCAUGGGCCAGUUUGUGGCAGAGCUGUAAGAAACUCCAGAAUUGUGGGAGGUGAAAAUGCAUCUCCGGGAAGUUGGCCCUGGCAAGUCAGUUUAAUCUCGAACGGCACUCUCUACUGUUCAGGGUCCCUGAUUAACAACCAGUGGGUGUUGACGGCUGCUCACUGCUUGACAGUACAUGACCUUCAAACGACAGAAGUGUUCCUGGGCCGCCACAGCCAGUCAGGUCCAAACUUGAAUGAAGUGUCACGGCGACUUGACAUGAUCCAGUGCCAUCCAUCAUACAGAUUUCUGACCCAUGACAACGACAUAUGUCUUCUGAGGCUGUCGGCGCCGGUGAAUUUUACGGACUACAUACAACCAGUCUGCUUGGCCUCCGCAGGGAGCACUUUCCACACGGGGGUUAGCAGCUGGGUCACUGGUUUUGGUUUUACUCAGGCUGAUUCAUUCACCCAAGCCGACAUCCUGCAGGAAGUGAAUUUACCAGUGGUGGGAAACAAUGAGUGCCAGUGUACCCAUCGCCACCUCACAAGCAACAUGAUCUGUGCUGGGUUCACAGCUGGAGGGAGGGAUGCAUGUCAGGGAGACUCAGGGGGGCCACUGGUGACCAAAAACGAUUCAGUGUGGAUCCAGUUUGGAGUUGUGAGUUUUGGUGAGGGCUGUGGCGAGGCUAUGAGUCCUGGAGUUUACACACGUGUGUCCGAGUACCAGGACUGGAUCACCAACAUCACUGGCGGCAGCGAACUUGGCUUUGUUACCUACAUCUCCUCAGGAGUGGACAGCGACUUCUACUUUUACUGUCCUCUAUCACCAUCACCAUUCCCAUUUCACACAUUCAACUUCACCACCAUUUGCAAGGGCUGUGAUAAGGGUGGUGGCAGCGUAUUUGACAGUGGUGAAAAUGUGAUCCAUUUCUCCCACCUCACUCACUUCACCUCACUCUGUCUUCUACUUAUUUCACUCUAUGUGCUGGUUGGUGACGUGUAACAUAAGAAUGUGAAACUACAAACUAUUUACAGUUUGAGGUUUCUGUGCCCAACAGUCUCAGUCACUGUGUUUGAUAUGAAGCUUCUUCUUUCAAUGUGGAGAAUAUGAAAGGAAAAAUGCAGUACUGAUGUGCUGUUAUUGUAAACAAAAAAAAUCCUUCUUAAAUGAAUAUAUAUCGAUUGAAUGAUUGUACGUUAUUAUUUUUUGAUGAUAAUCACAAAUGGGAUUAUUGGAGAAUAACGCGGUGUCUCACUGCCCUCUGCCAUGGAAAGUUUGAAGCCUUUUUCACUUGAGUGUGUUAGAAAUGUGUCCUGUUGUACCUGUAACCACACCCAUUGUGAUGUCACAAUUUUCCGGUGUACAUCACUGCAAGUCAGCAAAAGAAAAAGAUUUUUGAGAUUUCAAGUUGCAUUAUCAGAGAUUAAUUUCUUUAUGACAUUAAAAGUAAAGGCAUUAUAUAAACUUGCAGAUUGUGGGAUUGACGUAAAGUACGGAAAAAUUUUGCAGUGUCUUUUAAAGAGAUGAUUUUAGACAGAAAAUACACUUUUUUGUUUCUGUAAAAAAAAAAAAAAAAAAUUACCUCCUAGGUGCAGAAGGCCAAAGAAGAAAUAAUUUCCUAUUUACACAUUACCUGAGAUUGAGCCACAUUAGCAUUCAUUCAAGUGUUUCUGGACACCUGAUGAAUGCAAGUAGUCCAAUGUUCAUUCUCCUUUUAGCUUUGUUUUGGUUGACCAACUCUCAAAGGAAACAUCUGGCUCUUAAUUUGUUAAAUGUUCACAGGAGAUUCAAAAAAAGCUCAUGUACAUGAAACAGAGGUACUACAAAGCAGGAAGUAAGUCCACAAAGCUGCUGGCCUAUAGAUUAAAAAAGCAAAUGGCAAUUAAUAAGACGCCUGAGAGAUCGUCUAGCUGAGCAUAAAUAUGCCAUUAGAAUUAAAAAUCAUGACUACCCCAUGGUUAGGCAUUUUAGUCAAUAUCACAAUGCAAAUGACUCCUUACUGCGCAUUGAGGGCAUUGAGCACAUUAAACCUAUGGUUAGGGGUGGUGACAGAAUACAGAGACUUAAGAAAAGGGAAGCUUUUUGGAUUCAUCAAUUGGAUGCAUUAAAAUAUCCUGGUCUUAAUGAAGAUAUAGACUUUACAAGUUUCCAUUAAUGUUUCUGUUAUAUUUAAUAUCUUGAUUCAUCAUAUCUUGAACAUAUGUUUAAUACUGGUUCAUGGGUAUUUUAUCAAGUUUGAUUGAUGUUUGGUUUGGUUAUGUUUUGUGUGUUGUUCUUGUUUUCUCAUUCUCUGUGAUAUAUUAUCGUGGUUCAUUGGCUUCACCUGUCAUGUCAUUAACUGUGUCAUGUGAUAGUUUCUUAUUGGCUGCUGCUACUAUAUAGAUGAAAGCACAACUUGGUGCAUCUGUUUCUCCAGCCCUGAUGAAGACCAACAGUGGUCGAAACAUGUUGGCUUUUUAAUGAGUUGGCCAUUAUAAUAAAGGCUUUUUAAUCUAA